UAGAAUGAAAAUAUCAUUAUUGCGAAAAGAAAGAGACUGUCAGUGGGAACAAGGGUUAAAAGGGAGGGAAGACGGAGAGUUAGAUGCAAAUCUGAAUGGGAGAAGGGAAUUAAGUACCUACUCUCUACAUCACAAGGUGGAAGAGGAGACGACUGUGGCACCACCACCUCCUGCUCCGCUUCACUAUUCUGGUUAUUCUUCUUCCUUGUACUCUUCUUUCUAAUUCUGCAUAUUUAACGAAUCUUGAAUCUUAUUCUGCCCUCUUUUCAUUGCUUUUUUUUCUUAAAACUUGUCCAUUUCCUUCAUUGUCUCCUGCAAUAUGAACAUGGGUUUUGCCCCUUUUGGUGUUGGUAAUGGAGGAUCUUCAUCAUCUUUCUCCAAUUUAUCACCUUUGGCGCCGCCCUUUACUCUUGAUCGUUCGGUUACUAAACCUUUAUCAACCCCACUUGUGGAUAUCACUGAACCUGAACCUGAACCUGAAUUUGGGGUUGGGGUUGGGGUUCCCCUCAACCCUUUGCAACACAAUUGGCUCCCUUCCACCUCCAAAACCUCAGCCCAUGACUUCGAUUGGUUACCCUUCUCUACUGGCUCUGGAUACCCCAGGUCGCAGGCUAUGAUGGACCCUUCUCAUAACCAUGGACCUCUUUUGGGUCGUCUUACAAUCACUUCAACUGACCUCUCCUCAUACCACGGAUCCUCUGAUGGAGUAACAACUAGUAUGGGCAAACCAAAACCCUAUUAUCCUUCUUAUGCCGCAACUUCAUCUAACAAAGCUGGUCCUACGGUCAUUGUUGAUCAACCAAGUUAUGAUUGGCUAUCAAACUCGCACGUUGUUACAUUCGAAGGGCCCCCGUGCACCGACUUCUCUCGCGGAUCUUCAGCUUCUGAGAGAUCAACUGAAGAGGCUUCACAUUCUGUUGAUGUGCUUGAUCUGAAUAAAUGCAACGACUUUGUAAGAGAAUAUCCAAAUGAGGAAUUGUUUUCGGAGCGAAACCGUAACAUUGAGAGAAUUUCUAACAUGGAUGCUCAUUCUGCAUUUCCAGGAUGUCAUCCUAAGACUAGGACACCACCUUCCAAUCCAGCCUCAAGUUCUCAAAACUCUCCAUUUCUGAAAAAGCCUCCAUAUCUGGAAAUCUCGAGAGAGCAAGAUUCUAGACUGAACGUGACUACAUCAAUUGUCAAUUCUCCCGCUACUUUUUCCAUCAGACCAUCUGUUGUCAGCGCUGAUUCUUUUGCCUGGAAUGUCAGCUCAUGUCAUGUUAACUCUGAGAGCAAGGAAUUCGUCAGUGCAGAGAAUUAUGAUACAUGUAUAGAUAAAAACGAUCCCGUAAUUACUGAGCCCUCAUCAACCAAAAUUCAUGACUUGCGAAACAAUAUACAUUCUGCUAAGGAUUCGCCAGAUCGUAGAUUGAAGGCUGGAAUGAGACUUCAUAUUCCCGAUGCCAGUCCUCAUUUUAGUUUGGACCCUAAAGGAAUUGAAACUGCCACAACAACUGAGAGUUCCUCUGAAAGUUUUGAUCAGUACAACCUUGCAUCAGUAGACUCACCUUGCUGGAAAGGAGUUCCAAUUAGUCAGAUUUCUCCUUUUCAAGCAUUUGAGAUUGUUACUCCGAGUCGUACGAAGAUGUUGGAAGUUUACAACAGUGUGAAUCUGUCAUUGUCUCAAGUACCCCCGUCUACUGCUGAGGAUACUGUGAAAGUCAUAGUUCAUGAACCAAAUGAAAGCACGAUAGGCAGCAUUCUGGAAAAAGGUGCAACAUCUUCUCCAAAGAUGCCUUCAGUUUUUGGUUCCUCCUUGCCUGCAGAACAGAAAAGUAGCAAUUCUGUGAAAGCAGGAGAAUUUUGUUCAAAGAUGGGUUGCUUCCAUCCAGCUACCAGUAGCGUCUAUGAAGCGUUUGAAGAUGGUGGUGACUUCUAUUCUUCCUUUUCCAUACCACAAGAUAAAUAUAAGCAUAAUUUAGAGUCUGGAAAAAGGAUUGCACAUACAAGUUGUACGGAAAAGCAUGCAGAUGCAAGAUUAAAUAGCGACAACUCUUCUGGAAAUGGUUUAAAUCAUUUGUCGUUUGAUGCUGCAGAACAUGUAAAGGCAUUUCAUGGAGAAUCAACUUCAAAAGUUGAUAUCAGGAUUUUGGUUGAUACAUUGCAUAGUCUAUCAGAGUUGCUCCUUGCACAUUGUUCAAAUGGUUUGGAUGCAUUACACCAAAAAGACGUCAUAUCCCUCGAGACUGUGAUGAAUAACCUUGAUGUGUGUAUAAAUAGCGUUGGAUCACAAGGUUCUCUCUCAUCUGAGCAAAGGACUUCACAAAGCCUUGAGCAGUUUCAUCAGCUUCAUGCGCAUUUCCAGGAUUUGGGAGUGCUCAAGUCCCAGUCCCAGAUGACAAAGAUUGAAGGUGAAAAUUUGGAGUGUCUAUCAAAUGAUCGAAAUGGUGUCGAGGAAACGAAUCAAUACAUAUUAUCUGUCAAGAAAGACAAAGAAGCUGCUGGCACUCAUCAUCUUAGGAAUGGGAUUGACUCGAUGAAAGAAGAUAGCAUGACCAAGGCUCUUAAGAAGGUUCUGAGUGAGAAUUUUCAUGACGAUGAAGAACAUCCUCAAACUCUCUUAUUCAAGAAUCUAUGGCUUCAAGCAGAAGCUGCGUUAUGUGCCUCCAAUUUAAGAGCUCGUUUUAAUAGUGCAAAGUCAGAAAUGGAGAAAUAUGAAUCACCAAAAGUGAAAGAACAUGCCAAAAAUCACAACCAACUAUUCGUUUCUGGUGCAUCUCCUGGUUCAAACACCAUUGCGAAAGUGGCAUCUAAGACUAAAGUUGGUUCCACCCCAUUUGUUUCCGUCCAAACUUCCCCUGCCGUGAGUGUCAGAAGUCAUGCAUCAGAUGACGUGAUUACUAGAUUCAAUAUUCUCAAACACCGAGACGAUGAAGCAAAGCUUAGGGAUGCCGAAAAUUCGGGAACACUAUCUGAUUUUGAGGUUUCAGUUAAACAACGCAUGGUUGAAAAAUCCGCACUCGAGAAGGAACAAAGUGCAGGCCCACAUAUGAAAGACAUGGAUUCUUCCUUCCCCUCUUCAAAGGUCAAGGGGAAUGAUUCUGGGCCAGCUCCUCGGUCGACUUCCCCCAUCUUGACCAGGACCAGUCAUAUAGACGAUGUUAUGUCGAGAUUUCAAAUUCUGAAAUCUCGAGACGAGCACGUAAGUUCUUUGAAUGCGGGAAAGGUGCAGAAAGUUACAAGUUCCCAUUGCAGUGAGAUUGGGAAGGCGGCACCUGAAGGUGUCAUCUCGAUGAUACAUCACCCCAUUGCAGAUAACAAAAAUGAAGUUGAUGAUUUAGAUGGUUCAGUAGUGGGCAGACUAGAUGUCCUAAGGAGUUGGGUAAACAACAUAAGCCCAACCCCUGCAGGAGAAAACUUACAGGAGUAUUGGACAUCUGUGGAAAACAAAGUAAAAAUGGAACCUUUCUUGCGGCCUGAAGCUGGUAAGGAUAGUAGAAGCCAUUUUGAGGGCAAGCUUCCUGCUGGUUGUUCUAAUGGGUCCUCAUCAGACUGGGAACAUGUUCUCUGGUGCGAUUGAAUGUGUAUAGAGUUCUAAUGAUCCUUUUCUCAGUGUAUCAUACGUUUUUAUUUCUGUUGAAUCAACUUCUGGUGAGACUGUUUAACUCACUCAGAUUCUCUGCGAUCCUCAACUACCAUCGAUCAUAAUACAUAUCUUGUUUGUUCAUAAUAGAUAUCUUGUUUGUAA